AUGACCAGUGUUACAUUUCACUUCAUUUCUUGCAACAAAUUAGAAUACAGCAUAGAAAGAAAAGUUUGGCAGAAAAGUGUUGAAGCAGAUAAAGUAGUGACAGAAAAUAUAGGUGACACUUUCCAGUAUAACUACAGCUUAUCAUCAGGAUUUGAUCCUUCGUUAUAUGCAGUUACAGUAGAUCUACAAGUUUGUUAUCUGGCUGAUGAAUUUUGUAGCACCUUCAGAUUAUUGGAUGCUACUAGUAUUGGAUGUUCAUUAACAACAAGAAAAAAGAGGAGAAGUAAAAGAUCUACUACAGAGCCUCAGGUUUCAGAUUUCAAACAGGGUAUGAGAAUUCUAAUGCAAAGGCAGGCUUCUUCAACCGAAAUAAAAGAAUAUCUUGAAGAACUGAACCUGCUGCAAGAAAACCUCAAAGGAGCUGAGUUACCCGACACUGACACAAAAACAGGCAUGAAGUCUGCUAUGAAGGCUCUUGGAUUGAACAAUCCUGCUACUAUUCCUUUAGACAUUGACUCACAAGCAAAUGAAUCAGUUAUAGGAGGUGAUGUCAUUCAAACCAUGUUAGGGACUACAUCAGACAUUCCAGGCAGGACUAAACAAACCUUUGUUGUUGGACAUGGUUUGACAAAUGAAGGAGUGAGGCUUCUUGGACAGAAGCUGGCUAACAUGACAAUUGGAGAUAUGGAAAAUUUGUUAGAUAUAAAAAAUGUUGAUCCAAUUGAAGUAUUGAAGCUGAUUGAUCAGUUGAGAGAUUUAUUUAAAGCAUUGUUAUCAGAAUUUUUGACAGAAAUAGUUGGUGGAGAAUCAGACUUUUUUAAAUCAGAAGAUCUUACAAUGUGGGGAGAAGUUCCAUUACCUAGGCGUUCUAAAAAAGUGGAGUUUCCUCCUGGAGGUGCUGGGCAGAUACCAAUCGCUGGAAUCAUUGUUUUGAGAUUUAGAGUUGGUGUUGGCAUAUAUUAUGGUGUGAAAUUCAGAGUAGGCGUCAAUGUAUUGGGAAUGAAUGGAGUUGCUGAGAUUGCACCAUAUACUGGGAUAUUGGUUUAUGGAGAAGUAGGAAUUGGUAUAGCCAUGUUGUAUGCCAAACUAAGACUUGAGGGACAUAUUAUGGAUCUGAAAUUUCCAACCAGAGGAGAGAUCUCAUUCAGUAAAUUUCCACUAGAUGUAGGAAUUACUAUGGACCUUGACAUGACACCUAUACGACUAAAGCUGAAAGUAUUGAUAACACUUGAGAUACCCUUACUGUUCACAUCUAUAAAGAUAACAUUGUUCAAGGCAACCAUUUGGCAGUAUUCUUCUCCAACUAUAAGACAAAAUAUCAUAAGUAACUGGAAGAAAGAAAAAGAUCUUACUGGCCCAGUUAUAACAGAGUUUAUUGAUAAACCAGGCAAGAAAAGGGAGAAGCGUUCCACAGCAAAUUGUUUGGUAAGACAAAUUCCAAAUCAGGAUUAUACAGAGCCUCAGUUUGAAAUAUCUAUCCAUGCUGGCGAUGACAGAAGUGGUGUCAGGUUAUACCUCAAUGUGGGAACUGUACCUGGUGGUAGAGAUGUAUUAAACGCUAGAGAACUGGCAGGACCGGCUACAAUAUUGUCAGAAAAACUAACAGCAACUGGUGUGCCACUGUAUUUUACUGUAACGGCUGAAAACGACUCAGGUCAAAAGUCUACAGCGUCAUGUUACCUAUCAACAUAUGAUAUAACCCCACCUGGUGGAAGAUUUGAUGAAGAUUACAAGUCCACCAGCAACCCAUCAGUUAUAAAAGCUUCAGUGACUGUAUAUGAGGAUUCAGAGCUUGUAGAAACUAAAGUGGCAAUGGGUUAUGGAAAAGGGAUAUGGGGUGAUCAGCUUGUUCCAUGGAAUGAUGUUGAACUUGGCCAAAGCACCAUAAAUCAUGUUACAGCAGAGUCUGAUCCUCUUAAUCGUAAGGUUUUAGAGAUGUUUACUAGCCCACGCACAGGAAAACUAGUUGGGCCAAAAGCAGGCAUGGACUCUUCCCAUCACUCACCUGGAGAUUGUGCCAGAGCAUGUGCUGAUUUACCUUCAACCAAAUGUAUGAGUUUUAAUUUUGACUCUGCAGAUGGAACAUGUGAACUUGUUGAAGCCAUCGAGGGAUACCAUUUUAAAAGAUCGCGAUCAGGAUAUUUUUCCCAUUAUGAAAGAUUAGGUGUUGGGAAGACUAAACAGUUCAACUUUGACCUGAUACAGUUAUCACAUAAUAAGAUUUUCUUUGUGAAUUUCCUUGUUAGGAAUCAUCUAGGAUAUUCAUCGAUAAUCAACACUCAAGGUGUCCUCGUUGAUUUGACGACGCCAAUCACAGGAGAAAUCAUAAAUGCCAGUAGAGACACCCUUAAGCAUGUUGACUGUCUGUCUCUCAUCCCUGAAGAACAUAGACCUGAUUGGAUUAUUCGUUGUAAAGGGAUUAGUCCUGAUGUAAAAAAUCACAGAUUGAUAGUAGAUGGCCCAGGCUCCAAAGCAGUUUUCAAUGGUAUGGAGCCAAUGAAAGACCUCCUGUUCACAAGAUAUAACACAUACAUUACUGCUAACUGGGAUGGAUUCAUAGAUAGAGAAAGUGGACUAUUGGGUUAUGCAGUAUUUGUUGGUAAGAGUGUCUGUGACGAUUUGAUACAUAAACAUCAUGAUCCACACAAGCAUCUCUUUGAGGUAUCCCAGUGGACCCAUACUGCUACAAUUUAUCCUAUUCCUGCUCCAUAUCAAACACUACCAGAUGGCAAAUACUACAUAUCUGUAAGAGCAUUGAAUAAUGUGAAAUAUGGAGGUCCAUUGGCUACAACUGUUUGUCAUUCCACACCACUUACGGUUGACAACUCACCACCUUUAAUCUUGGAAAUUUAUGAUAUAAGAUACAAUGAAAGUACCUUCACCAUCACAGCAAAGCACAAUUCUAGUGAUCCACAUUCAGGAUUGGCCUUCAAUGAUGUAUGUUUAGGGAGAACAAGGAGAGAUUGUAUUGAGAUGAGAUGGACCAGAAUUUCAUUUGAUCCUAGCAUUACACUUGUUAAAAUUCUAACUGAUGGUGUUCCAAUCUGGAUUAAAAUCAGAGCAAUCAAUAAUGUUGACUUGCGUACUAUUGUUGUUGCUGAUUCAGCAAUUAUUGUGGACAAAACUGGUCCCUAUACUGGAGCAGUGAUGGAUGGACCUAUACAUGGUGAAGAUUUAUUGUACACAAAGUAUUCAGAUAGAAUAUGUGCUAACUGGUUACAUUUCUAUGACCCAGAGUCUGGUAUUGGAUUGUAUUUGGUCAGUGUUAGUUCUGUCAAACAAAUAAAUGUAACAGAUGUUGCUAACUUGACAGAAUACAGCAGAACAACACAUGAAGCUUGUGUAGAGCUGACUCCUGGCAGUCAUCUAGAACACGGACAUACUUACUUCACAACAGUGUGGGCAUUUAAUGGUGCUAUUAAUCAGAAAAAUGUGUCAGCUAUUUCAAAUGGAGUGACUGUGGACCUUACAGAGCCAGUUUCUGGUCAUGUUAUUGAUGGAAACAAGACAAAUUUUGAAGAUAUACAGUUUUCUGGUAAUGCAGCUAAAGUAGAAGUUCAAUGGAGAAAUUAUUAUGAUCCUGAAUCAACCAUCAGACAGUAUGAAGUGCAAGUUCAAGCAGCACCAAAUUUAACAGACAACUUUAAUAUUAUAAGAGAUUUCGUGCCAUUUUCUAACACAACAGACAGUGUAAAAUGGUUGAAUUUUCAAUUUCAACAUAAAGACAGAGUAAAAAUUGACCUUCGUACUACGAAUGGAGCUCAUAACUCUGUAGUCACAUCGACUGAUGGCUAUGUUGUAGACAUUACACCACCAAAGUUACUGCAUCUAGGAGAUGGAUUUGUACAACAGAAAGAUCUAGAAUUCCAGUCAGAUGCCAAUGGUCUUUCGUGUAAUUUCAAGUUUAUUGAUGAAGAAUCUGGUUUAGAUCAUUUUCAGAUACAAAUUUACAGACAACAUCAAAGUAUUAGAUCUCAAAUUGUUCCAGCAACUCGAAACGAUUGGAUGCAGCUUGAGGAUGAGACUGUAAAUGAGUUCACUAAUUCCAGUCUAGACUUGUUACAAGGUGCUGUAUACAGUAUCAGAAUAGGAGCUGUUAAUAAAGCAGGAUUUGUGGCAGCUUUUGAAACAAAUGGUGUAAAAAUAGACAGAACUCCUCCAAUUAUUAACUGGCUUCAUGUGAACACUUUGUCUGAUGACCAGGAACAAGUUGUAGAUAACUAUGUGUGGCAAGCUGAUACAAAUGGUAUAAAGGCUGCAUGGCAAGCAUCAGAUCAUCAGUCAGGAAUUAUCAGUUUCAAGAUAGCUGUUGGAACAACACACGGUGGGAGUGAUGUAAAGUCAUGGACAGACAUAGGAUUAAAGAGCGAUAUGUAUAUUGAUGGAUUGUCACUAGAUGUCAGUGAUAUUAACACCAAGACCCCAGUAUAUUAUGUCAGUUUAGUGGCAAUUAAUGGAGCAGGCCUGGAAAGUCCACCAGCAGUGUCUACGCCAAUAGUGGUGGUUGAAUCAGACAGACCAGGUAUAGUUGUUGAUGGUACAGACAGCACAGACCAUGAUCCUGUAUCUGACAUUGGUGUAGACGUAGAUUACCAGUCUGAUACUUCUACUGUCAGUGUACAGUACACAGACUUUGAGAGCCAUCUCCAUGGUGUCAUGGACUAUGAAUGGGCUGUAGGAACAACUCCAGGUGGACAAGAUGUCACUACAUUUUCAUCUGAUGGAAUUUUUCAUGUAGAAGAGCAAACUAUUGCUGGAGAUGGUAUUUCAAGUUCUGGAUAUGCACAAGUAAAUGCUCAGCUAGAACCUGGAAAGACAUAUUAUUCUACCAUCAGAGGUAUCACUAAUGCUGGAAAUAUUAUUGAGUCUGUAUCAGAUGGAAUAACUGUAGAUGUUCUGCCGCCAAACAUUAUUUUAGACAGACUGUCAGAUAAAAGUUCAGUUGAUGAUGACAUUGGACCAAGUUCUUCAAUGUAUAAAAGUACAGCUGACUCCCUGUCUGCUGUAUGGCACUACAAUGACACAGACAGUCAAGUAAUAAGAGCCUGGUAUUCUGUUGGUACAUAUCCAUACGCUGAGGACAUAUCACCUAAAACUGAAGUGAAUAUAUCCUCUACACAAAGUAGUUACUUAAACAUUGGCUCUGUAAAACCUGAUAUUACAGGCAAACCUAAUAUAAUAAGUAUUUGGGCAGAAAACACAGCAGGUAUGAUUGGUAGAACAACCUUUGGUUCAGUUAUCAUUGAUACCAGUAAACCAGGAACAGGAUAUGUAUCUUGUCCAGAAUAUAUUGGGAUGGAGAGCACAAUAUUGUGUUCAUGGUCAGGAUUUCUAGAUGAAGAAAGUCCAAUACAGAAAUUCAUCAUCACUCUUGGAUCAGAACAAGGAUCUUCAGAUAUUUUUGAAGCAACUGUCAAUGGAUUUGUAUCUUCAUACAUCAUAAAAGGAGUCAAUAAUCAAUUAGACCAUGGCAGAUGGUACUAUGCUACAGUUACAGCAGUAAAUUCAGUUGCUAUGGAAACAUAUGCCUUCUCUGGACCCAUUUCUAUAGAUACAACACCACCCAAGCAUGGUAAAGUGGUGGACCUGCAUACAGUCUACAGAAUCAAUGUCAAGGACAACAGUCAAACUGUAGCAAUGAAUUCUAAAAUAUGUAGUACAGAUGAAGAUUGUAAUGCAUUAGAUGCUAUAUGUUCAGAGUCUCUAACCUCUGUAUCAGCAACAUGGCAGCUCUUUACUGAUGAAGAAUCAGGAAUUGUGGGGUACCAGAUAUCAGUAGGAACAACACCAGGUGGAGGGCAGAUCAAAGCUUUCUUUGAUGUUCCACAAGGUGCAAGAUAUUACACGGUAUCAGGUCUGAGUCUGAUGGGAUAUAGAAAGGUCUAUGUCUCUAUCAGAGGAACAAAUGGAGCUGGAUUAUCCAGUGUAGCCACAUCCAAUGGAGUAUAUCUCUCAUACCUAAGUCAGGGUCUACCACCCCUAUCACAUAUUGGCAUCAAUGAUGUGCUAGACAACUCAGAUCAUGAUGUAGAUUUCCAAGAGAGUUAUGACACAUUGGAAGCAUCAUGGGAUUUGUCAGGUGACCCUUGUCCGUCAGUUAGAAAUGAAUGGCAGAUACAAAAGUUAGAUGGAAAAGUUAUCUCAGAAUGGCUAGACAUGGGUGUUGCAGAAAAUGCAAUGUUAGAUGGACUUAAUCUUAGAGGUGGUGAAUUAUAUUAUUCCUUGUUACGAGUGACAAAUGCAUUGAACUAUACCUACAUCAUAAGAUCCAAUGGAGUUACUAUCGAAGAAGAUCCACUAAUUCCAGGCAGAGUGUUUGAUGGAUAUAUUCCAGGAUUUGAUUUGAAUGUUCAACCAUCUCGUCGUAAAAUAUCAGCUAACUGGGAUGGUUUUGGUUUACCAGCUUCUGUUUAUUUUCAGGCUGAUGUUGAAGGCAAUCCAGGAUAUCAAGCAAAUGACUCAAAUACAGCAGACCAAACCAUUGCUCAGGAAAUAAUGUAUUAUGAAGUAGCUGUUGGGACAGACAGAAGAUUUCCUAUAACCAGAGAUAAUAUUGUACCAUUUACAAAUGUUGGUGGGAACAAAUCUGUAACAUUUUAUGAUCUUAACCUAGCAUCUGGAAAGGCAAUGUAUUACUUCACCGUGAAAGCCUACAGCAUAUCAUAUUCUAUUGCCACGGUUACAUCAAAUGGUUUUCAUGUUGGAUAUGAUGGUGGUGUUCAAGGUGGAGCAAUAAUUAUGGGUGACUUCAUUAACAAUGAUACGUAUGUAGAUAUACAGUUUGAAGGAUUUACAUCUAAGCUGGAGAUAAUGAUGUACUAUGUGGGACUAUCUAACAACACAGGAGCAGUAGGAACAGACUGUAAACUAUAUAUUGAUGGUCAAAAAAGGGAUACCAAUGAGAAAAAUACAUUUAAUGUUGCACCACUGCUUAACAUAAAUAAGAAUACAUUCUACAGUCUGACAUCACUACACUUACAACCUGGAGGAACAUACUAUGCUUGGGUUAUAGCUACAGAUGAAUCAGGAGACUGUGGAAUGAUUCAUCACAAAUUCACAGUGGAUACAACACCUCCAUUGUACGGAGCUAUGACUGCUGGACCAUUUUAUAAUAUGGUAUUAUAUAGUUUAUUUUUUCUUCUAAUAAAUAAAUUUGAUAUGACAGAUUUAGCAUACACCUCAGACAAUUCAACUAUAAGAGUCCAGUGGACAAAUUACAGUGAUUCUGAAUCUGGUAUAGUAACUUAUGAAGUUUCAUUAUGGAAGAACACCUCAUGUUUUAUCAGUGCUGAAGAGAUAUUAGAAGUUAAUUCGAUAGAACUGACAAACAACUACACAGAGUACAGCUUUGUCAAUUUAAAUCUUACAAUGAACAUUCCAUAUACAGUUCAAAUGAAAGUCACAAAUGAAGCAGGCCUUUCAAUUAUUGAGAAAUCAUCACCAGUUUUGUAUGAUCCUUCCAAACCUGGAUCAGGUACUGUAGUUGAUGGUCCAAAUUUUGAAGCAGGACAAGUUUGGUUUAGUUCAACAAAGACAAUAUCAGGUUCAUUUUUGCACUUUGUUAAUCCAGUUGGUUCAGCAUGUCCAACAAGGUUGAUUUCAAUGAGCAAUGACCCUCACUGGCAAAAACUGCAAAUCUUUGAACUUAAGGAUCUAAGUGGCAAGAAAUGGUCUCUUCAGUAUCAUCCAGCAAACAUAUAUCAGGAUAGUUAUGAUGAUACAGUGUCAAUAAAGCUUGCCAGAGACCAGAAAAAACACCAGAUGUUGACUGGAGCAUAUUACAGACCUGCUAGUUUCAAAAAUGGAGGCACAUAUCAUAUUUCAGUGAAACCAGCAAAAGGACAUGGAAUUCCUGUGACAGAAAUUUUGUUAUGGGACGGACCAGAUACUGUUAUAACUACCUAUGAAUAUGAAGAAGACAUUGACUGGUAUUCAAAUGUGUGCCAAUGUUGUUUAAUAGAAGCAGUAUCAGAGGAUUGUGACUACUGCAAUUGCUCCAGAUAUUUAUCUGAUAAAUAUGGAAACAGCACACUCCCUACAGUACCCAGUAAAACAGAAGCUACAACAGAUCAGACAACAACAACUUCACACCCAUACGACAUAGUCAAUAAUCCUGCUGACAGUAAUGUUUCAAAACCUGUAGAUACAAGUACUCCCAUGGCUCAAAAGUCCUGUGGCAUUCAGAUACUUUAUGAUCAAAAUUCCAAAAUUGUGACUUGGUGUCGGUUUUCCAAUAAUAUUUCCCCAGUUAUGAAGACAGCUGUUGAUUACAACAUCACUGGAGAAUUUCUCAACUUCAAACUAAUAUUUAAACCAGAGAUGGAUAGUGCAGUUGAUCUCUGUGGAAUACCUGAUCUGAGUGGAACAACAAAACUGGUCCUGCAUGUUUACAAUCGUAACAAUUAUGUACCAGAGAUUACAGAUGUAUUCAAUAUAUUCUCUACAAGGGCAGUUUUUAAAAAUCUGAUACUACCACCACCAACUGGUGCACUUUGUCUCUAUGGGGAUCCAUUCAGAGGUGGAAAUAACCCAAUAAUAAAGUAUGAAAUUGGUAUUGGGACUGACAAGUUGUUAACUGAUAUUGAACCCUUUAGGGAAGUUAUAGAACCAUGUAUACCUUGCUUUGUGGAAUGUUCAAAAUACAAUUGUGACCAGAAUUGCAAUCUGGAUAAAGUUAUGGACUACAGUUUUACAUUGACAAACUUGAACCUAAUGCCACAUGUCAUGGAUUUAAAUGAAACUGGACAUUCAUAUAAUAAAACAAUAAUAUACUACCUUACAGGAAGGGCUGUGACUGGAUCUGGAGAUAGUGCUGUAUCCUCAUCAUCAGGAUUUUAUAUUGACAUCACAGGUCCUGUGUUUGACCUUGACAUUAUGCUGACUUCCCCAAUUUAUAUUGACGUAACCCGAGGAGAGUUUCAGCCAGUCAGGUUCCAGGCAUCAAACAGCACCAUUAAAGCUUUUUGGAGAUGUACUGAUGAUGAAAGUCAAGUAAAGGAAAACUUUUGGGCAAUUGGUAAAACCCCUGGUGGAAAAGAACUUCAAGAGUUUCAAUCAGUUGGUCUCAAUGUCACUGGCGUUAAUUCAUCAUUUGAAGGCAUCCUCCAACAUAACCAUACAUAUUAUGUGUCUAUUAUCUGUAUCAAUGGAGGUGGGAAACCUACUCAAUGGAAUGAUACUUAUGGUGUUGUUCCUUUGUUAGAACUACCAGAAGUUGAUAACUUAAACAAUACUGUCCUAGGAGAAAUUAAACCAUUUGAUGGACCAGUGAUACCUUCAGAUGCCAUGGAGAGUACAGAUCCAGAUAGUAUAGGAUUUACCUUUACUGUUAGUGAAGAUAAAAGUAUUAACAAAUAUGAUUUGUGUAUUGGAACAGAUAUGAAUAAAGAUGAUAUUUUCCCCUGUGCAUGGGUUGGGUAUAACAUAUCAGGAUCUGCUUCUAUCAAAGAUGGUUAUUUAUUAAUUGAUGAUAUCAGAGUGAGACCUCUGUCAGAACUAAAGAACACAUUUUGGAAUGUAUCCGAGGAGCAAACACAGAAUAAAACAAGUGUAUUCCAUAUGGAACCUGGCAGGACGUUGUUUCUUACUAUGAGAGUUUGUAAUGAAGCAGAACUCUGUACAAACAAGUCAUUAGGAAGUGUACUGAUAACCAAUACAGAAUCUAUAAUAAAAAGAUCAGAUCAUGGAGAAGCAAUUCAUAUUGUAGAAUAUGUUUCGACAGACUCUAGAAGGAGAAAAAGAAAUGCAGAGACAAUUGUUUUAACAACUCCGGAAGGAUUAAUACCAGGACAGACCAUUGUACUUCAGCCAAUAUCUGAAGAAGAUCUAACAACAGAAUACAGAUCUGAUUCCUCAUCUGAUUUUCAGCCAUAUAUAGUUAACCCAGCAACUACCUGGGAUAUGGUGGAAAGAUUAUUGUACAAGAGAAUACAUUCAUUGGUAAUAACAUUUUCUGUGAUACCAGUUGGUCAUCUGCCUUUGCCAGGACCAAUGAUUAUCACAUAUCCAGAUACUGUUGGUGAGAAUGAAGAGACCAGAACUGCCCUAGCUCACUGGAAUACUGGACUACAGCAAUGGCAGUUGAGUAGUAUAACAUGUGGUCAAACAUUGGAAAUUGAUAAUGGAGAUGAAACAAAGAGUGUGGAGGUUUGUAAAACAUGGGGAGAUGAAGAAGAUGCAAUCAACCAAACUGACAAAUCUGUCUCAUAUUUCUCUGAAGAAACACAAUUCGCUGUGUUUAUUAUUUCAAAUAAAGUAUAUAAUUCUCCACCAAUACUGACCAGUAACAGGUUUAUAUCAAUCAAAGAAGACGAAGGUACAUUACAAUACCAGUUAGAGGCAUCAGAUGAAGAAGGUGAUGUAAUCAAAUUCAGUUUGGCAAGUCAGUCAUACAAAUUUGGUAAACCACUGCUUUUUGAGGAUGGAAUACUGUUGUAUGCCCCAUGUCCAGACUGUUCAGGUGUUGAGACAUUAUCAAUCAUCCUUCGAGAAGUACAGACCAAUGAUGAUAUACCUCCAGCCAGUAGUGAAGCAACACUUGUCAUCACCAUCAUAGAUUUCAAUGACCCCCCAGAAAUAUUCUUAACACAGCAUGGACAAUCUAUUUUAUCAUCAGAUCCAACAGAACCAACUUUGGUAUGA